GGUUGGCUCAGUGCUACUGAAUAAAUGUAGGCUGUUAAACUGUGUUAUUCAAUCCUGAGAAUGGGAGAUACAAUUUGACACCUAGCAACAAACCAGCACAAACUCACUACCCCUUAGGGUAUCUGAAUAUUCUUUACCUUUCCAUCUAAACAGUGACCACCCUCAGCUCCAAUCAUGGCCACCUCAGCUAGCUCGAUUUUGAGUAAAGAGAUUAAAAAGAUGUAUCUGGAACUGCCGCAAGGAGACAAAGUCCAGGCUAUGUACAUCUGGAUUGACGGGUCUGGGGAAAGCCUACGUUGCAAGACUCGCACCCUUGACUGUGAACCCAAGUCAAUUGAAGAUUUGCCCGAGUGGAACUUCGAUGGCUCUAGUACAUACCAAUCGGAGGGCUCAAACAGCGACAUGUUCCUGAUACCAGUCGCCAUGUUUAGAGAUCCUUUUCGUAGAGACCCCAACAAGCUUGUGUUUUGUGAAGUGCUGAAAUACAACAGGAAAACAGCAGAAACAAAUCUGAGGCAUACGUGUAACCAGAUUAUGAAUAUGGUGACGGAAGAGCACCCAUGGUUUGGAAUGGAACAAGAAUACACAUUGUUGGGUACAGACGGACACCCCUUUGGUUGGCCAUCCAAUGGAUUUCCAGGACCUCAAGGUCCGUAUUACUGUGGUGUUGGUGCUGAUAAAGCCUAUGGUCGGGAUAUCGUAGAAGCACAUUAUCGAGCGUGUCUUUAUGCCGGCGUAAAAAUUGGGGGAACCAAUGCUGAAGUUAUGCCAGCACAGUGGGAAUUUCAAGUGGGACCAUGCGAGGGCAUUGAUAUGGGUGACCACCUCUGGAUCGCUCGCUUUAUUCUGCAUCGUGUAGCUGAAGAUUUUGGAAUAGUUGUUUCAUUUGACCCUAAGCCAAUCACUGGCAACUGGAAUGGAGCCGGGUGUCACACUAACUUUAGCACAAAGGCAAUGCGUGACGAAGGAGGACUCAAGUACAUAGAAGAAGCCAUUGAAUGUCUUAGCAAGCGACAUGAGUGCCACAUCCGAAGCUAUGACCCUAAAGGAGGUGCUGACAAUGCACGCCGUCUCACCGGCUUCCACGAGACCUCCAACAUCCAUGAUUUUUCAGCAGGAGUGGCAAAUCGUGGUGCAAGCAUUCGCAUUCCUCGUUUAGUGGGGCAGGAGCUGAAAGGCUACUUUGAGGAUCGUCGUCCUUCUGCUAACUGUGAUCCCUAUGCUGUGACAGAGGCGCUGAUCCGGACCUGCUUACUGAAAGAAACUGGAGAUGAACCUCUUGAGUACAAGAACUGAAUGAGGAACCUUGCCAACACAUGGCUGCCAUCUUACUUAUGCUGAUGUUAUUAGCCAGUUCUGUUCCAAUAUUUUGAGCAUCUCUUUGCUCAAGUUUUGGCAAUUCCAGGUAGUAGGGCUGAAUAAAAUAUUAGCCAGGUUACAGGUAUAUUGCUAGGGUCUCCUCAUGUCCCAUUUGGUGAAAUCACUACAUUCAAAUCAAUGGAGGAGCAUUUAUAGUAACCCUCAAUGGUUUUAAGUAAAGUAGUGUUUCUUCUUGGGUUUUUGGAACUAAUAUCAUAAACAGAAACAGGACUGGUUCUAAUACUUCCCUGCUAAUCAAGGCUGUUACAAAUUGCUGUGCAGUGGGUAUAUGUGGAUACAUAAACCAGCUUGACUUUUCUAUAUGUUCCACUGGCAGUAAAGGGGUCUUUGAACUUGGUUACUUUUUAAUCUGUGUCAGCUAUUUAGGGCCUUGGGUUUGCCCUUGUUUUAUAAUGUUUAAUAGAAAACAGCCAAUAUCUGUGAAUGGUAGAGGAUACUUAGGAUGACUUGAAUAUAGGCUACACUCAACUUUUUCUUACAAAUGUACUUUAAGGUGGUAGGAAGGGCAUUAAGACAAGUCCAGCCGCAUGUUAGGUACGCCUCUUUUACUCUUAAUAACCACUAAUUAAAAAGAAUUGGGCUAUGUCCAUUCUUAUAAGAAAUACUCAACCAGGUACCUAAAUAUAUCUGAGAAUCCUUGGCUGCUCAACUCCAUGUUUCAUAAUUAAACAACAGGAAACUCACUAAUUUAAUGUUGCCAAAUGCAUAUAGGUUUAAGGCAACCAUUAAGUGCACACUCCUGUUCAUUUCUAUUUUGUCAUUUGGGUCCAUUUGUGUAGUAUUUUUUUAUAUUUAAAUGUACAACAGUCUAGUUACAAGUUAAAAAUAUGUCGUAUAUAUAAAGUGUUCAUUGUGCUUUUUUCUGGGAAAAAUGUGCAGGAACUAAAUAAAAAAAACAGAAUGCUUAUUAACAAUCUGGCUGAAAUAAAAGUAAUAAAGAUAACUAAAUUACUUUUAACUCUCUCCUCUCCAGUGUACACAAUAAUAAUAAUUAUCUUUAGCAAAGUUUAUGUUAGGUGCUAAACUAUAGGGGGGAUUAAGAACGCGAUUUAUCAAGCUGAGGCAGACAGGGGUGCACAUACGCACCCCUGUCUGACGCAGCUCGCCUCUGGUGGACUGAAUUCCCCUGACGUAAUUGAGCAUUGCACACGAGCGCUAUUUUGCGCUUGUGUGCAAUCCUGCCCCCUGCCCGCGCACAGCCUAUCACGCGCUGGCAGGAGUUGUCAAUUUCCCUGGUCGGACUAGACCGCGGAGAUUGUUUUUCGCCAAAUUUAGAAGUGGCACAAGGUUAGGAAAGCAGCAGUCUGAUGACCGCUGCUUGUUAUAUACGGCGUACUGGUUCUCUUGGGAGAACCUGUAGCCGUAGGGGCUCCAAGGCUGGUGAAAGCCUUUGAUAAAUCGACCCCUAAAACUCUGAAGACAGCUCUGUCUUCUUCAGAAACAAGGGAAGCUUGAUUGCAUUGUGGAAUAUUGCUAAGAUGUACUGGUUGUUUCAAGCUAUGGCAUUAAACUGUAAAAUGGGCAUUGUUGCCAACAUGUAAUGUUUUGGAAUAAGUCUGUUACUUAUAGCGAUCUUUUGUCUCUUUUUGUAAAAAAAAAAAAAAAAUCAGAUCUGUUGCUACACUAUGUGAUGUCUGUAUGCCAGUUUCCUAUUGUACUAUUUCUCAAUAACAGAACAAGUUUGAUGUAUUUAGAGACACAUCCAAAAAUAUUGAAGGGGUAAGAACUGGAUUAAUAUUUAAUAUUUGCUCUUAUGUUACUGAUAUUUUACCACUACCCAGUAAAGGCACAGAAAUGGUACAAUGCUGACUUAAAAAAAAAAUACAAAAAAAUGUCAAAUGAUUUUAAGAACUUUUGCACAUCAAAACCACUUCCUGCUCCUUUAUAGAUGUGUCUCUGUAUUAAUGGCUGGUUAGGACUUUGCUUCUAACUUGCGUCUCUGACAUAGUCUGUUUUUUUUUAAAUAGAUUUUGUUUUCUUUUUAUAAUAAAAAAAACUAAAUCUGAA